CUCAACAAAGAUGGCGACCGGAGUCGUGGUUCGAGGGGGGAGGAUAAAGUGACAGCGACCUCUACUCGAGUCUCCAGCUCGUCUCCGUCCAUUUCUCGACUUUCCCUCCCGCUCCUUCGUAGCUCUGGUCCCGUGUCUCUUUUUACAUUCACUCCCUGGCCUGUUCGACAUGUCGGAGUACAGCACGGUCCCGCCGCCCGGCUCCGGGGCUCCUCUCGGCGGACAGGCGGCUCUCGGGAACGGAUCUGCGGCCAUCCAGAAAGAUGCGUUCGCGGACGCGGUGCAGCGGGCCCGGCAGAUUGCAGCUAAGAUUGGGGGAGAUGCCGGUCCUCCCGUGAACAUCAACGCUGCAUCAGAUGGCUUUGCAUUCACUGCACCGAAACGACAGCUGGAGGAUGCAGAUGAACCAGAGAGUAAGAAACUGGCUGCACAAAGUGACUUGGAUUCAGCAAACGCACUAUCUAUUGGUGCACAGCUUGCGGCUCUUGCGCAACAAAGGCCUGCUUCCAGCACAGAGGAGUACAAUGUCCCAGACAGCAUGGUGGGACUCGUUAUUGGCCGUGGAGGUGAACAGAUCAAUAAAAUACAACAGGAGUCAGGUUGCAAGGUUCAGAUAGCUCCAGACAGUGGAGGCCUUCCAGUGAGGAGUGUCUCUCUCACUGGUUCCCAGGACUCGAUACAGAAAGCCAGGAUGCUGCUGGAUGAGAUAUUGUCACGAGGGAGGGGCGAACCCCCUGCUUCUUAUCACGAGUCCACCAAUGGGCAGAAUGGCAGCGUUCAUGAAAUGAUGAUCCCAGCUGGCAAGGCCGGCCUUGUCAUUGGCAAGGGAGGAGAGACCAUCAAACAGCUACAGGAGCGUGCAGGAGUAAAGAUGAUCCUGAUCCAGGAUGCCUCUCAGGGACCUAAUGUUGACAAACCCCUGCGUAUUAUUGGAGAUCCAUACAAAGUCCAGCAAGCCCAGGAAAUGGUGGAGGAGAUUCUGAGGGAGAGAGACCACGCCGGCUUCAGUGAACGAAAUGACUUCAGCUCCCGAAUGGGAGGUGGCAUGGAUGUGAGUGUCCCGGUGCCGCGACACUCCGUCGGUGUUGUCAUUGGACGCAAUGGAGAGAUGAUCAAGAAAAUCCAGAAUGAUGCUGGAGUUCGGAUACAGUUCAAACAAGAUGAUGGGACUGGUCCAGAGAAGAUGGCACACAUCAGUGGGCCUCCUGACUGCUGCGAACAUGCCGCCCAGAUCAUCAACGAGCUGCUGCAGAGCAUCCGGGUCAGGGAGGAGGGACAGGGGGGUCCUCCAGGCAUGCCUACAGGCAACAGGGGCAGAGGAGGCGGACAAGGCGACUGGGGUCCCCCAGGAGGGGAAAUGACCUUCUCUAUUCCUGCCCACAAGUGUGGGCUUGUGAUUGGCCGGGGAGGUGAGAAUGUCAAGUCUAUCAACCAGCAGACAGGGGCAUUUGUGGAAAUCUCACGACAGCCGCCACCCAACGGAGACCCCAACUUCAAGCUGUUUAUCAUCAGGGGCUCACCGCAGCAGAUCGACCACGCCAAGCAGCUCAUUGAGGAAAAGAUUGAAGGUCCUUUGUGUCCUGUGGGCCCAGGGCCAGGUGGACCAGGUCCUGCUGGUCAACUGGGUCCCUACAACCCCAACCCCUACAACCCUGGACCGCCUGGGGCCCCUGGACCACCACAUGGUGGUCCUCCAGGUCCUCACCAGUACAAUCAUCAGGGCUGGAGCAACACCUACCAGCAGUGGCAGCCCCAGGCACCCCAAGACCCCAGCAAGGCAGCAGCUAAUGACCCUAACGCAGCCUGGGCGGCAUACUACGCUCAGUACUACCAGCAGCCGUCGGGGGCUGUGCCGACCCAGUACCCUGCAAACCCAACUGGAGGAGACCCCACAUCAGGCGACCAGACCCAGCCCGCACAGACGCCGGGGGGGCAGCCAGACUACACCAAGGCCUGGGAAGAGUACUACAAGAAGUUGGCCCAGACAGGAGGCUCUGUCCCUGGCUCUGCGGCCACAGCUCCUGGAGCAGCGGGGGCAGCGGCAUCCACAACGGGAGGUCAGCCGGACUACAGCGCAGCCUGGGCCGAGUACUACAGGCAGCAGUCUGCGUACUAUGGACCGACAGGACAGGCUCCUGGGCAGCCAGCCCCUCCCCAGCAAGGAUAGGUUGGUACUGAGGCUGUCGCAAGACGCAGUGAGAGUUCACAGCAGAAAGUCUCAACCAAGAAGACAGGACAAAGAAGACAACCCCGAACUUUGAGCCAGGAUCUACGCUGUUAAGUUUUAGUUUUGUUUUAAUUUUUCAUUUGUUCCAAGUGAAAGUCCAAUUCCUCCCCAGCACCAAACACCCCUUGCUUUUUAAUAAAAAUGUGAGCCGAGCAGACGUUGUAGUGUUUUGCUCCCAAGGGAAGGGAUAAGACUGAUGAUCCCCUCAUGUCAGGUACACACAGCUUUUUAAAACCUCUACAUACAUUUACAUUUAACAUUAUAAACAACGGAAGCCUUGAAAUGCCAGAUCUUCAUUCUCAUAUAUCUUUUAUUAUCUUCUUAUGAAAACUAAGUCAUUAUUAAACCCUAACCUACAUAUCUGAGUCAUAUAUUUACUAAAAUGCUGAACUCCAAUCACCUUGUGUAUUUGGUAAGGUAGAAAUCCACGGAAUUCCUUUUUAAAGCUCAUUUGUUUGCUCAUUGUUGUGAUUUUUGUUUUUCCGUUUCCUCUAGUGAGGCUUGCUUGCCACAAAAACACUUUGUACGAGCGAAACAGGUUUACUGAGAUUCUAUCAUUUUGAUUUGUGCAUGUGGGAUGACUAAUAAUGAUAAAAAAAACACCAGAGAUAGAUGAUAAAUGAGCAGGAACACCCUUCACCUGCAGGGGAGCUUCAGUCUGCCCUCUACUGGUGACAUGCAAGACCUUAACUGUGUGCUGAUGUGGAAGUAUGUUCCAAGAUGUAAAGCCAUGAGUUGUUUGAUGGAUGAAGAGUAGAAAUCAGGAUUUAAGAGUAGUUUUUUUUAUCUCUUGUAGGUUGAAGGAAUGAACAGCCUUACUACAGGUUAUGCAUCUUUGUUUUGCCUCAGAUGAAAGUAUGUUAGGAUCAUUUAAACUAUUUUUGCUUGCCUCUGUUCAUUUUGUAGUUUUAAUCACCUUUAUGUUCAUCUUCAAAUACCCAUUUAGGGUUAGACACAAACAAACGCCGGCUUACUGUGGAUGGAGGGCCAAGAUGAUGAGGAAAAAUAUGAUUUAAAGUUUGAUCAGCUUUGUGUUUUAUAUUACUGCUCGAGAUUGUCAGGCCUUUUAAAGCCAACAUAUACAUCUGGUGGGUUUUCACCUUGAAGCAACUGCAAAUGUGUAUUUUCCAUGCAGUGCCCUGUAAUGUUUUCACGUGGAGGUUUUGUCGCCCCCUGUAGGUCUACAACAGGAAUAUUUUGCAUAUGGCGACAUUCAAACCGUCCACUCAGCUGUUUCACCUCAAGGCUGCACGUUUUGCUUUUUACUGUUUGAAGAAUGCCAACGAGAACCUGAUGAUCGUUUCGCACACAGCUGUCGUUUGUGUGCAAAAUAAUUCAAUCUAGUCUUCCAGUGUGUCCCAUUUCAAGAUAUAUUACACAUGUACACAUAUUCAGCAAUAUUAAAAAAAAGCUGUUGGACGUGACUACUGAUUUAUCAGGUAUGAUUCUUGUAUUUUCAGCGCCAUCCUGUGGCAACAGUGUUGAUAUUGUUAAUAAAUGACCACCAGCAGCAAUACUAAUUAAAAAGGGGCAUAUGUCAAUUA